AUGGUCACCUCUUGGAUCCUUAAUUCCUUGUCCAAAGAUAUUGCAGAUUCUGUCACCUAUUCAAGAACUGCGAAAGAUCUUUGGACAAAUCUGGAGCAGAGGUUUGGUCAAUCCAAUGGAGCGAAAUUAUAUCACCUGCAAAAGGAAAUCAAUGGAUUAACUCAAGGAUAUAUUGAUAUUGCAGGAUAUUUCACCAGGAUUAAGAGGCUUUGGGAUGAACUUGACUCUCUCAAUUCUCAUAUCAAUUGUCUAUAUGCUUGUACUUGUGAGGGAAAGCAGAAAAUAGCCAAAUAUUUGGAAGAUCAAAGACUCAUCCAGUUCCUUAUGGGACUUAAUGAUGUUUACUCCCAGGAUAGAGGAAACAUUCUUAUGUUGAAUCCUCUACCCGGAAUCAACCAUGCCUAUUCUCUUCUCCUUCAGGAUGAGAAUCAGAGGGAGGUAUAUGUGAACCCUCAAAUUCCUACUAAUUCCUCAUCUUUUAUGGCAGGCAAUCAUCAUAUAGUUGGACAGAGACCGGCUAAACAGAGAUCCAAACCUAUUAAUCAGGUUCAUGGACAAAGGUCCAGAUCUGGAACUAACCAGCCUCAGCGAGGUGGUUUCAAACCAAUGAAGACUAAGUAUAAUCCUAAUGCUUAUAAGAUAUCUGAAGAUUUUGAGUUUACCAAUACUAAAGGGUAUGUUGUUAAAGGGAAUGUUGCAGAUGUGACUGAGGAAUAUGAAGCCAUGGAUCACCAUUAUAGUGACCUUGAUAUCAAUGACCUCACACAACACCUCAGUUCAUGUUUAGCUGCUUUCAAUAGUGAUGUUUGGAUCAUUGACUCUGGUGCAUCUGAACACAUGCGUUUUGAUGAGAAUUCCUUUCACAAUUUGAUUCAUCUCUCUUGUCCUGGCCCUACGAGGAGGGCACAAGCUUUUGGUGAAUCUAGAGAUGGACUCUAUCUAUUGCAGCCUACCAGUUUUAAGUCUAGGGAGUCCAAAACAAAUGAUGUAUCUAAUGUUUCUACUAAUGGUCAUUUCAAUUCAGUUCUAGUUUCUUUUCCUUUUACUGCAAAUGCACUGUCAGAUGUAAAACUUUGGCAUGUAAGACUCGGGCACUUGCCUUUUCAAGCAAUGAAACAUCUUAAUUUGGUCUCUUUUCCGUCUAGUUUUGAUUGUCCUUGUGAUAUCUGUCCUCUUGCAAGACAAACAAGAGCACCUUUCCCUAUAAGGGCACUUGGACCUUCUUACUCACUCACUGCAAAGAGUAAUGCUUUUCCAAUGCUCAAAAAUUUCUUGGCUAUGGUUGAAAGACAGUUCAAUGUGAAAGUUAUGAGGAUAAGAUCAGACAAUGCUCUAGAACUUGGGAAGGGGUCUUUGGAAGCUAGUUACCUAAACUCUCAUGGAAUUGUUCAUGAAACCUCAUGUGUUGCUACUCCUCAACAAAAUGGAGUUGUCGAGAGAAAGCAUAGGCACUUGUUAGAGAUUGCCAGAGCUCUUCUUUUUCAGUCCAAACUUCCUACAUUGUUCUGGGGAAAAUCCAUUCUCACAGCCACACAUCUGAUCAAUAGAAUAUCUUCUAGGGUCCUCCAAGGGAAAAGCCCGUAUCAAUUACUUUUUGGGAAAUUGCCUGAAUAUAGAUCCUUGAGAAGUUUCGGAUCACUAUGUUAUGCUUCUACUCUACAACAUCGUAGAAGUAAAUUUGAUCCUAGGGCUAAACCUUGUGUCUUUCUGGGAUAUCCAAAAGGACAGAAAGGUUCUUCAAUUUCUAUAGUUGCUAUUUAUGUGGACGAUAUUCUCAUUACUGGGAAUGAUCUAUCAGAAUUUAUUCAACUUAAGGGAUUUUUGAAUUCAGAAUUUCAUAUCAAGGACCUGGGAGAACUACAUUACUUUCUGGGCAUGGAGGUAUUACGAGAAACUCAAGGUAUAAUUUUGGGACAGAGAAAAUUUACCUUCAAACUCUUGGAGGAGUUUGAUUGCUCACAUCUGCUGCCUGUUUCUUCACCUCUUACUCCUUCUGAAAAGCUAUCGACUUCUGCUGGUCCUCUCCUGGCAGAUCCCACAAUGUAUCGAUGGCUUGUUGGUAAGCUUAAUUACCUCACUCACACUCGCCCGGACUUGUCUUAUGUUGUGCUUUGUCUUAGCCAAUAUAUGCAAAUCCCGUGUGUUGGUAUUAUAAUGCCGAACUCAGAGUGUUGCGGUAUUUGA